UCUUCUUCUUAUUCCUCUGUGCUUCUUCUCUGCAAAAACACCUCAAUUCUGCUCCAAUUUCAAUUCAUCCUCUCUCCAAUUCCGCCAAAUACGCGUCCAGCAAUGCAUGAUCUUCCGUUUAAACUCAAUCUCGACUCCUGACGCCGCCGUAUUCGCCGUCUAAAUCGCUCUCUGGGAAAAUGCUUCAGGCAAUGGGGAGCUCCGUCAACAAUGGCGGCUUCUCGCAGUUCCAGAGCUGCGGCGAUAGUAGCGAGGAGGAGCUCUCUGUGCUGCCACGUCACACCAAGGUGGUGGUUACCGGCAAUAACAGAACCAAGUCUGUCCUCGUUGGACUGCAAGGCGUCGUUAAGAAGGCCGUCGGAUUAGGCGGAUGGCAUUGGCUGGUCCUCACAAAUGGGAUAGAAGUGAAGCUUCAGAGGAAUGCCCUCAGUGUAAUUGAAGCUCCUACUGGUAACGAAGAAGAUGAUGACCUUGAUUUUGAGACUGUCCAGUGGAAUGGAAUAGACAUGGCAUCUGAUGAUACUCAAAAAUCUCAAAGAUCAAGGCUUAGAGUGCAUAAAUCAUGUGGAUCAUCCCACAGGACUAUGUGCAGAUCUUUCUCUUGUGACUCACAAUCUAAGGGUUCUGUAUCUACUCCCCGAGUGUCGGGUUCAACAAAAAUUGACCUUGGGAAACUGGAGCUGGCUGCUCUAUGGAGAUAUUGGCGACACUUCAAUCUUGUCGAUGACAUACCAAACCCUUCGAAAGAGCAACUAAUAGAUGUUGUUCAGAGGCAUUUUAUGUCACAGCAAAUCGACGAGUUGCAGGUGAUUGUUGGGUUUGUUAAGGCUGCGAAGAGAAUGAAGAAUCUGUGCAAAUGACGUAGAGGAGCAUUGGUAAUCGAGGCAUGCUAACAGAGAGAGACACUGGUGCCCUGGAUGUCACUCCCUUCUGAUAUGUUAAUCUAAUGUAUCUAUCAAGGGCUUGUUUAUGCUUACAUGUCUGUUAAUGAGUAGAGCUGUAGAGGGACCUAGAAUUUACCUUUCAGGUAGAUCGAAGCAUAGCUAUUUGUAGGUAGUUAAACUGGUGGGAAAUGGGAAUGACGUUCGUAGAAAUUAAGAGAUCCUUUGGCUUAAUAUUCGUCUAAGCUAGGUUGAAAUGUAUGUAAUUGCUGAGUGGGGAUAUGGGUUUUUCGGAAAUGUAUAAACCUAAUUUCCGUAUCUGCAAA